AUGAACGAAAACUUGAACAGUGGGUUGAGUGAAGAGAUGGUCUUGAGGAUAUUCACGGAUGUUUGCGAAGCAGUUGCUACAUUGCAUUAUUCUCAGCCGCCAGUCGUGCAUCGCGAUCUUAAGGUAAUGUUCUGUUUAAUUAGAUGCAUGACACCCAGGCCUCAAAUUUCUCUGAAAUCCAUUUUCAAAAGCCAGAACUCCGUUUUCAAAUACCAAAACUCCAUUUUCAAAUGCCACAACUCCGUUUUCAAAUGCUAAAACUCAGUUUUCAAAUGCCAGAACUCUGUUUUCAAAUACCAGAACUCCGUUUUCAAAUGCUAAAACUCCGUUUUCAAAUGCCAAAACACAGUUUUGAAAUGCCAAAACUCCAUUUUCAAAUACCAGAACUCCGUUUUCAAAUGCUAAAACUCAGUUUUCAAAUGCCAAAACUCAGUUUUCAAAUGCCAGAACUCUGUUUUCAAAUGCUAAAACUCAGUUUUCAAAUGCCAAAACUUAGUUUUCAAAUGCCAAAACUCAGUUUUCAAAUGCUAAAACUCAGUUUUCAAAUGCCAAAACUCCGUUUUCAAAUGCUAAAACUCAGUUUUCAAAUGCCAAAACUCAGAAGGAGAACUCCGUUUUCGACUUGAUAUAUGAAAAUUUUCGACUAAUUGGGUUUGAGCAAAUUAGUGGACACUCAAUUUUGACAAUAUGAAACAUAACUCAAAAAGUUUCUUCGUUGCCCGGUCCCCUGUCGUAAUUUGCUAACUGAAAAUAUUUUUUGGCUACUUGCAAAAAAUGUACAGGCAUGAUGCCAGAUAAUUUUACUUGUCAAAAAGAGAGCGCUGACUUAUUAUUCUUUCGUUUCCACUAGGUUGAGAAUAUCUUAAGAAAUUCAAAAGGAGAUUUUGUCCUUUGUGAUUACGGUAGCGCUUCAACAACACCUGUCGACCCGAAGGUAAUGCUGAAUCAUUAGACAAAAUAUUCAAUUCCUUAAGAAGUGAUGAAACAUUUCAAUAAAAUAGCUGUUUCUACUUGUUCACUAUACUUGACGUUUGAUCAUUUCAGGAAAGCAAAUUGUCUGAAGUGGAGGAAGAAAUUCAGAGGUAUUUUGUAAAAUAUAUCUUAUUUUCAAAAGAAAGUCUACAGUAGAUACGCAUUGUUUGCACUAGUAGUUCACUUUUUGUCUAACAAGAUCAUGACUUAGGAAUAAUUCAACAGCAUUUAGGUGAGGCCAAAAUGCCCACUUAAUAAAUCUGUUCCAAGCAAUUUGUUUCAGAUAAAUGUGAUUUGUGUGCUUGUUCAUUUGUUUCUAAAGAAAUUUUACUUUCGUUUAGGUAUACAACUCUGUCGUAUCGAGCACCAGAGAUGGUCGACCUUUACAGUGGGAAGAUUAUUUACACAAAGUCGGAUAUAUGGGUAAGGAGAUUAGGAAUUAAGACCAGAAAACUCUCAUACAAACUCUCGCUUGCCAAUUCUCAUCAACUCAUCCUUGUUUAACAAGUGCUUAAAUUGGUUUGAAGAUUCGAAUGAAUGACCUACUACUACUACUAUAGUAGCUCUGUUUGUAUUUGUGGUGUACAGAGUGUUAACCACAGGUUAAAAAAUUUGGCAUUUUAAUGAAAUUGAGAAUUUCAGUUGCGACAUUCAGACUAUCGUGUUUCUUAAGUGACGUUCACGUUGCCUAGCGCCAGCUGAAUUAAAUUGAAACUUGCAAGUCACCUGACAUUGUUUUGCGUACUAAAAACAGACAGUGGGGAUUAUAAUGGUCGGCAGUCGGCUAUUUGCCAAACAAAAAUACCGAAUGACCGAUCAAUUUCAUUCUGCACGGACAUUUUGACGGAUCAAAUAAAAUAGACAAUGUUCAUUUUAAUUGAAAGUAGCUUAUGUAAAAAGUACGGUUUGAAAAGCAUACUAUACCUAUUAGUGUACCAUGCAAACAAUAAAUAUUUGGAUGAAAAAAGCAUUCAGAGGAAACUUUGUCAUUGAGCUUCUCUUUUAGCAAAUACUCUCUCAAGUUACAGAAUCUCGAUAGUAAGUCUAUAGCGUUUCCAAUACUCACUACUUACAAAAAGAUGGGGGUUUUUUUCGUAAAAAUGGUUGAAGUAGUUGGCCGACCAUUCUUUUUCAAUGUCCGAGCAACAGUCUUGUUGAUCGGACAUUUGUCAGACCUAAGCAAAAACGUUAUAAUCCACACUGAAAACAGACAAAUAUAUCUUUUACAGAUAUAGGCUACAUGACAUGCUCGCAACACUUAUCUGAUGCCCAAUUUUUCUUGAACAAAAUUUUGAAGUUGAACAAUCUUUUAUAUAUAUAAUAGUUACGUUUUUGACUGAUCUGAAUUGUGAAAUUGCUGGCUAAACAUUGUGAAAAUGGCGUAUAACGCCGAAUUAGCCUCUCUCACGCCGCCAUUUUUGGGUGGCAAUCUGCGAGAUAAGUCCACAUAUAACAGCGACUUUUUAUAAAUUUUUGGACGAAUGGUGGUAAAUUUGCUUUGUAAAUGUUUAGUUUAUUUUGAAAAAUUGCUUUUCACAUUGUUUUAAUUGUCUGCAUUGGUUAACGAGAAUUAGAUGCCACCCAAAAAUGGCGGUUAUUCGUCAUCGUGAGAAAGGAUAAUUAGGGCCUUCGCUCGAAACGUCGAAAUUCUCCUUAUAUUUUCAAGUAGUUUCAUCCCUAUACCAACGAAAGCUUGUUAUCUUACUGUAUAUAAAUCUUGUAAAUGUUUAGGCUUUGGGCUGUCUUCUCUACAAGCUGUGUUUCUUUACUGUUCCAUUUGGUGAGAGUGUUCUUGCCAUACAAAACGGACAGUUUACAAUCCCAGAAAACUCGAGAUACUCCAAAGAGAUGCAUAGCCUUAUACGUAAGUUAUUGGAUGAAGAAGUAGUAUUAUUCCAAAGCUUUCGAGAUUACAGAGAGUAAGACUCUCGGUAGAGCUGUGCGCCGGAGCUCCGGCAUAUUUUGCCGGAGCCGGAGUUGGAGAACUCCGGGCAGACAAAAUUAUGAAAAAUUGUUUCAUAUUUCAUUGAACUUUUGGUAAUGAAAAAAUUAAGUUGUUGAAUGAUUUGAAGUUGCUAUAAAGUUGAAUUACUUGCUCCGAUUCGAUUUCACUCACAAACUGGCCGAUAUAUUAAUUUUAUUUAAUAAUAUAUGGUUUCAACGAAAGGGAGUAAAAUAAAUUAUGAAAUUACACUGAAAUACUUUCGCCUGCUUCCACUUUUAAAUAUGAAAUUUCCUUAAAAUUUCCUCGCCCGGGGCUAAAAUAACUGGAGUUUGCACAGCUCGGGCGUUAGACAGAGUAAAACAACAAAGUAGGGCACACCUGAGUGCAUUGCAUCUUAAUGGGUUAAUAAAAGGUUAGCUUUUAAUUUAGCAACUUUUUAUCCAGAAAAAUAAUAGAGCUAGUUAGCCUAGUUCUAUAAUAUUUUUAUGUUUUGUUUUAAGGUUACAUAUUAGAACCUGAUCCGCAUAUUCGUCCUGAUAUCUAUCAAGUGUCAUCUAUCGCUUUUCAACUUCGGAAAAUGAGUUGUCCCGUACUUAAUCCUUCGGUGAGUUACAGUGUGUACUAUACUAUUAAUUAACGAGUAUUCUUGUGUUGGGUGAUCUGGUAGAUGCCAGAUAACUAAAAAAAUUUAAUGCUACAUAUUUACCAAAAUUUUAAUAAUUCAUGAGGAAAAGACACAGGAAAUCACUACCGUGUUGGUGGUUUUAUUUGUGAUAAAAAAAUCAUGUUUGUAAACUUUAAUUUACAUAAACUUCUAAAUAGUACAUACUAAUACUCUUUUUGUCUCCCGUCCUUUAUAUAAGUACAUGUAUAUCAUGUUUGACUUUCAGAGUUCUUCUGUACCAAGGCAAUUGCCAGAAGAUAACAGUAAAUCGGCGAUACCAGGCAAGUCGAAAGUCGCAAGGUAAGUUGAAUCAGAUUUUCUACGUUUGCGAAUAAAAAAAACAACUUUGUGCGCGCUGUAUAUAACAUUAUAUUCACCUGAAUACAUAACAUCAAAACACACACAAAAAAUCAUGAUCAUAGAACACAUUAGCCUCCUGCGCAGACGUUGUUAGUGGCCGAGGCCUCACCUAACGUCUGCUCACAUUCGCCACACAUUUGACUUCCCGGCAAUUAACCAAUCACAAUCAUCUGCACGAUAACUGGAAGAUCGACCUUCAAUGACCUUCACAUGCAUGGGCUAUUAUCAACAAGUCUGUAGUAUUUUAAAAUUUUAAAAUUUUAACACUGCGCAUCAGAAAAUGGCUUUUCAGUCUAUUAUAAACGAAAAGAAGGAUGUUUUCGUAUAUCUCACAGCUGACGCAGGAAAUCACUUAUUUAUCACGCCGUUACCGAAGCUAUUCGAUGUAAUAUUCGGAUUUAAAUAUUUAAACAAAUUGUAAACAUCGUAAACAUUUAGUAAUCGUGGUUUCACCAUUGAUAAAUUCAAUACGAGACCAAGUUAAAAAACUACACGGUCUAGGAGGCAGUGCUGUGUCAUUAUCAAGUUGAAUCGAGAGCGAUAAAGAAGCGAAGGCAUUGGAAGAAGGGACAUAUUCUGACUGUAUUUUAUAUGGCACAGCAGAGUCAUUGUUGAAGACAAAGUGUAUGGCAGAACGGUUUGUGCUUUGGCUAUUGAUGCAUGAAGCUCAUUUCAGCAUGUAUUAUAAUAAAUCCUAAACAUGUGUUCGCAUUUGUAAUUCUCUCAAAGCCACAGGAAUCGAUCGGCUUUGACCAUUUUAAUAGUCGUUAUUUUAUAUUGUCUUGAAUUUUUCUUUUUAUACGUUGCCUCGUAUUAUCUAUUGCACGUAGCACUAGCAAGUUUAUGAGCCACUCUAUAGUUAAUAUACAUACCCCAACCCUCUGAUGUAAACCCCUCAUAAUUGAAAGGCUCAUAUAAACUUGCAUGCUAGUACUACAUGUAAUAUACAAUACGAGGCAAUGUAUAAAAAGACAAAUUCAAUUUAAAUAAACAAUAUAAAAUAUUAAGGACUAUUAAAAUGGUCAAGCCCGAUCGAUUCCUGUGUCCACAUUUUUAGGAUUUAUUAUAAUACAUACCAUUCUUUAAUCGCAUGAGCUUCAUCCAUCAAUAGCCAAAGCACAAACCAUUUUGCUAUACGUACACUUUGUUGUUAUUAAGCAUUCGUCUCCAUCUUCAACAACGACUCUGCUGUGCCAUAUAUUAAUACAGUCAGAAUAUUUCCUUCUUCCAAUGCCUUCGCUUCUUUAUCACUCUCGAUUCAACUUGAUAAUGACACAGCACUGCCUCCUAGAUCGUGUAGUUUUUUAACUUGAUCUCGUAUUGAAUUUAUCAAUGGCGAAACCACGAUUACUAAAUGUUUACGAUGUUUACAAUUUGUUUAAUUAAAUAUUUAAAUCCGAAUAUUACAUCGAAUAGCUUCGGUAACGGCGUGAUAAAUAAGUGAUUUCCUGCGUCAGUUGUGAGAUAUACGAAAACAUCCUUCUUUUCGUUUAUAAUAGACUGAAAAGCCUUUUUCUGAUGCGCAGUGUUAAAACUUUCAAAUUUAAAAAUACUACAGACUUGUUGAUAAUAGCCCAUGCAUGUGAAGGUCAUUGAAGGUCGAUCUUCCAAUUAUCGUGUAGAUAAUUGUGAUUGGUCAAUUGCCGGGAAGUCAAAUGCAUAGCGAAUGUGAGCAGACGUUAGGUGAGGCCUCGGGCCACUAACAACGUCUGCGCAGGAGGCUAGGGACAGUAAAAUUUGAUUCAUAUCAUUGGGAGAUAUUUUUUCUCAAGUAGACGUUAUAUUUUUGAAAUGAAGGUUGAGACUAAAAAUAAAUUCUGGAAGUAGUAGUUGGAGGCAUCAAAACGAAAAUAGUAUAUUUAACAUCCUUGUUAAAUAAGCUUUCCAAUGAUAUAUAGUUUUAUGCAUUUAGCUAAAAUUCCUAGCCAGCUACAAGCUUGCAAUGUAGACCAGCCGGAAUUUGUCAAUUUCAGGUAGACCCCAACCUUUUAAAUAAUAAUAAUAAUGACAAUAAUAACAAGAGUUAGUUUGAGCGAAGGGGAUGACUGUGUCACGCAAAUACGGCCUUGUGACAGUUUAGUUCAAUAAUAUCAUAGUUGCCUCGAAAUCCUUUGUCUCGCGAGGUACGAUUAAUCACUAAUUUACCUCAUUACUAAAACAUGGAGUAAAAUUAGAACUAAUUUUACUACUGGCAAAAUUAGAACUAAUUUUGCCCGUGGUAAAAUUAGUUCUAAUUUUCCCCUGCAUGCUUGAUGAGGGAAAUUUAGAAGACAAAAGCGUACCUCAUCGAAAAUCAUCGCAAAACUAUGGACAGUAUCUGACGACACCGUCCCGUACACAUUCGAACAAUCACUUUGCCAGCUUUUAUUCCCUAAUCUUGAACAUUUCAAUUGUGGGAGAAAAUUCCGUUUAUGCGCAUGCCUAAAACGCCAAUGAACACGGAGAUGUGUUUCUGUGCGUGCGUAUAUAUCAAAAGUGUUCGUAUCACAAUCAUAAGACAAUCAAACAGCAUUCAAAACAGGCAACACACCACGCGCGAUUCCCUCGUUAACUAUGAUAUUACAAAGUAAUAGCAUGGCAUUACGGUCGAUUAGUGAUGAAAUGUCCCUCAAGCCUCGAGAGGUUUAGUAAAACCUUACUAAACCUUACUAAACCACUCUCGGCUUUCGGGUACAUUUAAUCACUAAUCGCCCUGAAUGCCGUGCUAUUACUUAUAAUAAUCCCGAUAACAACAGUUAGUUUGAGCGAAGGGCAAAAUGCGUCGUCUCAUGCAAAUACAGCCCUUUCAUUUUCAUAAUAAUAACAACAGUCAGCUACAGCGAAGGGCAAAAUGCGUCUCACGGAAAUACGGCCCUUUGACCAUUUAGUGAAAUAAUAAUAACAACAGUCAGUUUAAGCCAAUGGCAAAAUGUUUACGUAAGUCGCCUCACGCAAAUACCUACAGUCAAUUUAGUUGAAUAAUCACGAGAGUUCAUUUGACCGAAGGGCAAAAUGUUCGCGACGACAAGCUUAUGUGAAACAGGAAACUACUUCUGUUGCCACGCAAACGGCAGUCAUUAGCCAAUCAUAGCAAAUGAAGCGUUGACCCAUCCCAUAUCACAUUGCUGGCGAAAAUUACACACUUAGUCCGGGCGCGUGUUCUAAUGAUUACGAACAAUGCAAUCUACCAAUUAAAGGAUAUAUACCUCAAUCCGAAGCGACUAUUGUUUGAGGGACAAGAACGGACCCAAGUAAGACAUUUGCUUCAUUUUUGUUUGUUUAAUCGCGUGCGCAUAUUUACAAUGUCAAUGUAAUUUAGCAUGCAUUGGCAAAAUACUUAGUAGUAAGUUGAUUUAGCAUUUAGUCUAGUAUUGUACUCGAUAUUUUAUUUUAUUAAUGAUCGAUAUUUUCCCCUGUAAUUCCUACUCGUUGAACCGCACACAUAUUGAACAUUUAAUAUAUCGAACAAAGAAAAUGAGCAUGCCAUAUGCAGUCUAGUGGAGUGUAAGGGGACAGCUACUCAAAGGAAUAACAACUACAGUGUCUACGUCCAUAUUCAUGUUGCCACGUAGGAGUAACGUCGAAUCGUGACUGUCUACGUCGAUAUGUGACUGUCUUCUGUUCCGAAAAUCCGGAGUACUCCGAACAGUAAAUGGAACAGCUUGCUGUAUUUUCAAAUAAUAGAGGUCAAAGACUUGAAGUAUUCAGUGAAGCAACAUUUUUUUCGUGUCAAAUACCCGUCAAUUUGUGUUCGCGAAUCGUGCCAUUUUUCUGCGAGAAGAAUAGUUCAGUAUGAAAAUAGUAAUAAAGCAUAUCCUAUAAAACUUCUCAUAUUUUACAAUAAAGAUCCUACAUUAGUUUGCCCCAAUGAAGGCAAGUACAAUAGUCAAUAAUUUUGAAUUGAAGCCUCAGCAUUUUAAUGCAUUGCUGAGAUAAAUUGAUUGAUCGACGUUAUCUAUAUUGGGUGGGUGGGUACUUGUGAAAACGUCGAUUCGACGUUAUGCGUGGCAAUAUGAAUAUGGACGUGUGACCCCUAAACAAAUUUUGAAAAUGUUUUCUAUGUAUAUUGUUUUGUAUUUAUAUAUUGUUUUGUAUUCCACAAACAUGUGAAUGCAUUUUAAAUCAGAACAAAAACCACUGAGUUAAUAUUACUAAAGGACAAAUUCAAUUCAACAGCGAAUAAAAAUCUAUUUCAAACAUUCAGACGAAUUCUAUUUGUCACGACACCCAAGUCACGCAAUAAACUUCUAGCUAUAUAUACAGUCUCAAACAAAUACAUACGCUACAAAAAGAUGCUGUGACACGCUGAUUUUGGUCACCAAAUCGUUCAGCAUCGGCGUUUGAAAACGAACCGCGGUUAAAUAUAUCGUAAUGCAAGCAAGAAAUUCAUGGAAGUAGGAACGUGUUUCGGUAUGUUAAUUAACCAUUAAAUGCCUCUCCCCUUGAAGAGUAAAAUCGUCUGGCAUUAGACAGAGUAAAAUAAUAAAGUAUGGCGCAUGAGGGCGCAAUGCGACUCAAUGGGUUAAAUUAACUAGACACCUGAGCAGAUAGGCCAGUUAACCAUUAAGUGCCAGUGCUCUCCUCUUGAUGAGUGAAAUCGUCUGACAUUAGGCAGAGAAAAACAAUAAAGUAGGGCGCAUUAGGUUGCAAUGCGACUCUAUGGGUUAAACCGUAAAAUUGACGUUAUGAGUGAGUGGGUGGGUUUUUACAUCUACUUGUCGACCAAUUAUCUCGUGGCAAUUUGACUAUAAUUGUCCUAAGUUUAUAUUAUUGCAGUACAGCUUUUGUAUUAUUAAUUCAAACACUCAUUAAUAGUUCAUAUGCUUAUUGGCAAAUCAUGUCAACCAUAAUAUGUCACGUGCAGUGGCUUUAAACCUAAUAAAACACUCCUGCUCGUUUAUUAAACAGCACAUCAAAUAUUCAAAAGUAAAUAUGUUCAAAUAAUGAUAGAACUACAAAUAAAAAACAUUAUAGAUUAUAGACUUAUCUUUUAAUAGUAGUGCAUUGUUUAUGCGAAAUACAUGUACUAGUGAAAAAAACAGUUUAAUAUUCAAAGACAUGAAAUACCACAAAUUUUGAGCAUUUUUAGCCGUUAAAAAAGGACCGCCACGAUCGACCUUAUCUGAGGUAGGUGGGUGCAUGGGGGAGUACAAGUGAACUACAGGUAUGUACCCCCAAAACCAAGGCACCCCAAAAACUACAAGCUUGAUUUAUAGUCAUUAAUAGGCGGUUGACUAAUGAUGUACCAUUUUAGGAUACCUAUAUACGCGUUUGGGAAAAUUUUUUUCGCACUAUUUGCCAAAAUGUGUUACCUGAAAAUUAAAAAACGUAGCCUACCCAUUGGCAACUUGUAUAAUCUAAAAAUUUAAAUUAACUCAAAGUAUAUAAAUUUCCACUUGAUAAUUUCCAUCUAGAAGACUCUUCAACUAUUUUUCAAGCGAGUGAGAUGCCAACCGCAAAAUAUUAAUAUUUACUCAUAAUCUAUAUGCAUAUGGCAGUACGACGUACCUUAGUGUAUACAGUAUACAUGAACUUGUGGUUAGAGCUCGACAACUAGCCUCUGUUGCUCAGUUUGUUAGAGCGCUACGCCGGAAUCGCAUGACCAUUGGUUUAAUUCCUGCCAGGGACCUAAAAUUGCAUUUUUCGCUGCUGUUUCUAGCUCGUUAGGUCUAAUAAAUGUAUAUAAAUUUCCACUUGAUUAUUUCCAUAUACCCAAAACUAUUAAUGUAUUAUUCAAGCGAGUGAGAUGCCUACGUUAUAGAUAAGUUGAUCAUUGCAAUGAAUACACAAUUAUUUAGAUGUUUUCGUUGUGUUUUUUUGGGGAUGGUGAUUUUUUUUUUGGGGGGGGGAGAUUGUAUUCGUAUCCGCAAUUAUUGGUGGGUCGCUAUCAAUCACUUGAGAUUUAUAAGACAAAGAUAUACAGUAGCGGCCAUGUUUGAUUCCAAAUUCAAUAGCUUCUAAUAUAAUCUCGCCAUGACGUCAAGUGCAAACUAGGAAUUCUUUGAUCGUUUAUUAUCGAGAUUACUAGCCAGUAGUUUUUGACUACUUUUUUAAAACAGUAGCUGUAUGGUUAUAGCGAACUACAUUUAACCUAAAGUAGCUAGGUAUUUGACUACUUUUCAAAUUGCGAAUCGCUUUUCGCCACUUUUUAAAAUUGUUAGCACCUUGAUAGAAUAGCAUGAUAUAUUUUUAAAAUUAAAUUAAGUAGUAGCUGUAGUCAGUAGCGAACUACCUUUGUUCGAAAGUAGCAGUAGUUGUAGCUAACUACAUAUUUUUGAAGUAAACUGCAGUUAUUCUUGACUUGCAAUCAAUCCCUUGAGAAUUAGAAUACAAUAUGGCACGGCGGCCAUGUUGGUCUCAAAUUCAAAGGAAGUUAAUGAGAUUCUUUUGCUGAAAAGGGACCAACAUGGCCGUCGCCCACAUCAUUGCACGUCAAGAAUAUAGCAAACUAAAAAAAAUUUGUAGUCAACCCACCUUUGGUUUCCUGAUCCGAAGCAGUGAAAUUAAUUAAUGGAAAGUCAAUAUACCUUAUAUUUCAUGAUGUUACAAGACGUGAUGGGGAAUUCUGUUCUUAAUAGUCACAGCGGAAAAAUUCAGAACAAUCUAACAUGGCUAGCGCUAUACUGUCAAAUGCAAGUGUGCUGUUGUUCUUUGUCUUAGAGGCUGUUCAAGCUAAUGAACACCCUAGUUCUUUCAGAACUGAACUCUAGCCUGCGUAGCCUGCGUAGCAAGCGUUUAGUGCGGGCGGGAGAAAAGAGGGCGUCGUCGAGGAAACGCCUGCCCAAAAGGCUAUGACUAAUGUGUUUUCGCCCAUUAAGGCUGAUCGACGUUUUGUAAUUCGCACCUUCACCGGUUCACCCAUUAUCCAAUUAUAGUCGACAAUUUUAUUUAGCAUCAGGCAUGUUUUUCUUUGCUCGGCAAAUAGGGAAAUUUCAUGCUAUUUUAGACAACACAGAGCCGCUUUACCUUUUAAAAGGCUCCUGAACCACGGUUUUUUAACGUAUUCUGCCGUAGCAUGUUUUGAAGUGUUAUUCUUAAAAUCAUCCUCGAACUUCAUUGCUGCAAUGCCAAUUGAUGUAGCCUCAGCUAUCUGGCCUUCAAUAAAAUUUUCAGGAUGUAAAUGACAAGACCGCAACUAUAAAAAAAUAUUCGAUCCCUGCUCGUGCUGGCAUGUAGCAAGCUUUGAUUUGGCGAUAAUGUAUAAUUGAAAGAUCAAAUUUUUUCCGUACCCCGUAGCGUGGGUACAAUCGCGAUAACGUCUUCACCACGUAGCAAAUUAAUAAUAGACUUUCUCUGUUCUGGUUUCAACUGAAUUUCGAAACAUAAAAGACUAGCUUGAAAUAUCAAAAAGAGUUUCCUCCAAAGCAUUAACAGCCAUAUUUUUAUGAGAAUAUAUACGCGGGCAAAAUUAUUGUUGACAUUUGAGUUACGUAAUUACUUCCGUCAGCGAAAUUGACGAAGUGUUUUCGGUCAAAAACACAUUAAGAUUUACCACUAGGCGGAAUUUUCCUCGAGGAGCGGAAUUUUUCUUUGUCUUGUGAUUUCUCGGGUGGAACUAAUUAGAAAAGACAAAGAGAAAUUCCGCCUGGUGGAAAAUGGCCUUUAGUCAUCAAAAUUAAUCAUAGCCAUUUGGGUAGGCGUUUCCUCGACGACGCCCUCUCUUCUCCCGCCCGCACGAAACGCCUGCUACGCAGGCUACUGAACUCUUGCACGGGUGUUCAGAGGUUUGACAGCCCUGAAAGUAAUGACAGUACAAGUAAUAAUAAUUUGUUGCUGGUUCAUUGAAACUCUCUUGCAGUAUUUACACUGAAUUAAUGAGUCUAAAAUAUUACUAAAACUAUUUUUACAAAAAUGAAUGAGUACAUUUAACUGUUAAAACUAUGUACUAGGAUACCUGCAAGGUCGGGAUUGCUGCGGGCAUUAAGAGCAAAUAGAACUAAAUAUAGUUCAAAUUAUAUAAAGCACAGUUAUUACUCGCAGCGAACCAAGAACUGGUGAGCACUGUGGCCGAAGCGUAAGGAUACGGAAUCAAUUCAUGCCAUGAGUGUAACAGAAAAAGCGAUGCAUUUGUUGCCAAAGGGCUAUCACAGAUGACAGAUAUAUUAAACAUGUGUGUCUCAUUGAAUAGUUGCGCCUGUUAAUGUUAAUGUUAAUGUUAAUGUUAAUAUUAAUGUUAAUGUUAAUGUUAAUGUUAAUGUUAAUGUUAAUGUUAAUGUUAAUGUUAAUGUUAAUGUUAAUGUUAAUGUUAAUGUUAAUGUUAAUGUUAAUGUUAAUGUUAAUGUUAACGUUAAUGUUAAUGUUAAUGUUUAUGGAAGUAAUAUUCACUAAAGCAUAUGCAAGAAUAUAUCUUUUCAAGACCAAGUCGCGUAUAAAUACAAACGACAAAGCAUUCUUACGAGAUACAGCAUAAAUAUGUAAUAUUUCCAAGACCAAGUGCCGGCAACUGGAAUCAGUUGAAUUACGCGCUGCUUUAGUACGCGUACAGGUAAAUUAUAUAACACAAGUUUUCGCUAUAGGCUCAUUUACCACAUUAUAUACACAAUAUAUUAAACUAAGAAACCAAAACUAAUCUACUAGUCUGUAGUAUAGUGAAUGAAAGCACAUGGAUUCGGGUGAAUGUGUACUGCGAACAACCGCUGAGCGCGACCACAAUGCAACGCGCUAGAAAAAUGUACUGCAUGAACAGACGCCUCUCUGCACAAAUUAGAUUGCUGUUUCGCUCGCUCGCUUGCUCCGCAGCAGGUAAAAAAAUUGUUCUGAUCUUAAAGUUCUGCAUUUAAUUGUGUUCUCAAACAAAAUAGUGUUGUUUUACCCACUUCGUAGGCUAUACCUGCAUUCGCUAUCUUAGGUUUUGGGAGCAUAAAGGGCAGGGGAUGAUUUUCCUUCUUCAUUGGAUCAUAUAUUUUUUACAUAGCUGUUCACGUCUACUCUUCAAUGUUGGUAUCUGUGCCAUCAUCGUCGCCUCAUCAUAACUGUCUAUGGAAGGGAAAAUGAUUCUAUACGUGCCACUCUCUGUAUUGAUUCUAGCCUUUUUGCUGCCGAAGGCAGCCUCCUAUUCUUGACACUCUGCAUUCACUCGCCCCAGUCAUUGGCCCGAGUUAUGUACUGUCAAAAUACUCAAAAGAUGGUUGUAAAUUUUGAGUGGGAGGUGAACAAUUUGAAACUUUAGGAUUUCAGUUACGAGUAUGUUGGAUUUUCAUCGACAAAUAUGUUUUGAAUAAUUCAGGUAAGGAUGGCUUUGUUUCUUUCUGGUGAUAUUCAUGAAGCACGGACAGUUCUAAUUUUGUGAGCUCUACAAAAUUCCAUCAAAAUAUCCCGAAAAUAUGGAACGCUAAAGAAAUUUGUAAUCAUAUAGCUUCUUCCAACUUAAGUUAUGAUAGUAAACGAAUUAAAUGGAUUGGAACUUUUGAUAUAUUGAAGAAAUUUGUCGAAUGCGAUCUUAAAUUGGAUGGCAAAUGGUCUUCGCCAGGCGGUUGUUCGAAAAAGUUUACGUGCUAUAAUCUAGAUAUAUCAAUAACUUGGUACCCCAAGAAACUAAAUACACUUGUAUUUCACGGUGAGGAAAGCUCGGGUUUGGUUGACGCGUUAAUAAAUGUGUACGCGGAGGCAAUCUCUGAAGACGACGGUUUAUCAAACAAUGUAUGUGUGUCGGCCAUACAUAGUUCGAUUGCAACUAUAAACCCAGCUGUUGAUGAACCCGAACAGAUGUCUAAUCACUGUAUUAAGGACUUUGAACAAACUGAUAAUCAUCAAAAGGUCAGUAUAGAGCAUGAUUUCAAACUUGGCUGUCAGUGUAAAAUUUUAGCUGCUGAUUUGGAGGGAGUUAGCUCGAUAUAG